UUCGUAAGUACAACCAAACUUUAACAGUUACAGCUUCGGAAAUAAGCGCAACAGGUUGACUAAGCUAUUGUGACCAGUAGUGCACCGUGAAGCUAUAACGGUAAAUGUUUAUUUGUACCUACGGAUUAGCUGAAAAAAACCCAUAUUUGCCGAGUUCCGGACAACAUCUAUUUACAAAAUUCUUAGUUUAGGACUUUUAGCAUCCCCGAGAUAAACAAUAAUUGAAUUAUACGUUUUAGUUCAUUAUAGCGCGGACUUUUUAAACAUUAUUUUGAUAAAGGUCAAGGCAGAAGGAUUAAGACCAAGAUCGCUAUAAUUUGCAAAAGAAAUAUGUACUGAUGAUAAAUUAAUGUCGUAUAGGUCAUGUUUUGUCGUUUACACAAAAUAAAAACAUCUGGCUCCUAAUCCGAUUUUCGGAUAAACAAACUCUUAUGUUUGACCAUCUGAGAUCUAUGAAUAUUUAUAAAAACACUCGAGUUAUAUUUUCUGCUCAAGUUGGAAACAAAUAUCAUACAGAGCACGUUACUCGUUACCUCGUAUUGUUAACUAAUGCUUUAAAACAAAUGAACUAUUGUUAUUGACAUUCAAUGGUCAUAUGAUCCAUGUUUUUAAUCAGUUCUUUUGAAGUAAGAUUAUAGCUAACCAGGGAUGAUGCAUACUUUGUCAGCUUUUGUAAUUUUCUCAUUAUUGGUUUCUAAUGUUCGUGCUCAAUGUGGAAGUUUGCCAGCAAAUAAAGCGGAGAAACUUGAAGCCCAAAUAAAUUGUUCCAUGCUUACAACUGUAGAGAUUCUCGGUGAGUUAGUGAAUUUGGUAACCCAAACAAAGACGUGUAAUUCUAAAUUAACAUUUCUAUCAAACGAAUUAACAAAAGCGUGCAAGGUGAUUGAGCGUCAAGGGAAAUCGGAAGUGGAUAUAUCAAGAUCAGACAAUGCAAGUCAGACAAUACGAGUGGAUGUCACAGACGGAUUCGGUCCUUGUGUGGACUGGUUGCGUGGUCACUGCUCAGAACUUAAUGCUAAAGUAUGGUGUCUCCGUGUUGGGUUGUGGAGAGUAUCUCACCUCAACACUACUCAAGAUGACCUUGCCGAACAAAGAUUGUUUGGAACCAGUUUAAAAAUUAAAAGAAACGAGGACAAUGAAGAACAAAGAAGUAGAAGGAGUACCAGAAAGAUUAAACGCAUUGCACCUUCAGAUAUAACCAAACCUAACACAGGAUAUCGAAUACGGAAGGAAUACCGGACACUGACUUUAAGCGAAAGGAAAAAAUAUCACGAUGCCGUCAGAGAACUGUAUGAAGAUGAAACCUUUAGUUGCUUUGCACGGGUACAUAGAAAAGGUAUCGAACUUAAAGGAGUUCACAGAGGGGAGGCAUUUUUACCAUGGCAUCGAGCAUUCCUCGCGCUAUAUGAGGAAGCCCUACGACAAAUUGACCCCGAUGUAUCAUUACCCUACUGGGACAGUACCAUAGACGACAACAUGGUAGCACCGUCACUCUCUGUCAUGUGGGACGCAGAGCACAUGGGUACUGGACGUGGGAAGGUUAAUAACAGUUUUGCAGCUUUUGACACAGACACAAAUCCAUUAAUAAGAGAAAUUGCUAACGGAAAGGGUAAACUUAUCAAGCAAGAGAAAAUAGAUGAAAUACUACAGAACUGUAAAAUGGGUGAUAUGUUCAAAAAGUUGGAGGGUAUUCAUAACGGAGUGCAUCGAUGGGUUGGUGGAACAAUGACCGGUCGUUUAUCAGCUUCAGAUCCAAUCUUCUAUAUGCACCAUGCAUUCAUUGAUUUAAUUUGGGAGGAAUUUCGAAAGCGUCAGAAUUCCUCUGCAUGCGAGUUUAUCGACCCAGGUACUGACUAUCCCGUGUUUGAUGACUCCGAUGACAUAAGACCAACGCCAGAAGAUCAUAUGCCUAAUGAAAAAAUGGACGGGAUGGAAUUUAUGUUGAAUAAAUUAGGUAUUGAAAACUUCUGGACAAAAAAUUGGUAUGGCUAUGCAGAAAGGCCGAGUUGCGCUAAUAACUGUGGUAAUAGUGAGGAUAUGGUUUGUGAUCCUGAAAAUGGCGUGUGUGUUGGCAUGCAGGCAGAGGACACAGGUGCAGUAGAAGACUUUCAACCUGCACCUGAACCCGUUGCAAUGAUGAUGAUGGACAGGGGAGCCAGUGUUUCAUGUCGCACUAAUCCAUAUCACGUGUCAUGUCCAGCAAGUGCUCCUGCUCAAAGAGUCGAGGACAGAGCGGCGGCGUUCGUUCAUCGAGAUUUACCAAUGCCUGUCAACGUUGCAAAGAUAGAGGAUGUGGUACAGAAUUACAAAUAUCGGGAGGACGAGACGCCUCCUGAAAGUGAGCCGGUGUUUUUCCGGGAAGAACUUGACAACGACUGCCGCACUCUUGACACAGCGGUGUAUGACAUUGUCACGGCCAUGCUUAAAGGGAAAAAAAUCCCAAGCAAAAACCGAUAUAAAAACUUGAAAUAGAUAUGCUAUUAAAAUAUUGCCUUGCUACUAUUAUUUUCUUUCUUAAUCAGGUGGUAGUCUCAACAUUCAUCCAAAAUGUUAAAAUGUUUGCUAAUAAAGUGUCUUUAACUUUAUAA